GCCGAACUCCAUUACUUUUUAUGAUACUCGUCCGCCUACUGAGGCAUACUGUGGAGUUCAUUUCAUUCAUAAAAUCCUUUCCACGUGCGCUCAUUUUCCCCGCUGUUGGGUAUUUGGCAAGUCAUCGGUAAGGAAAACUCUCUCCCUCAUUUCCACUCACUCUCACACGGAAAACUCCCAACAACAACGCUUCACUCACUUGCCGGUGAUCGCCACCAUCCAUGUCCGUAUUCGCGCGCAUGUUAUCGUCGUUGAUUGCUCUUUCUUGACGAUUGCCACACACCAUCCGGUUCUCGGUCGGUCCAGAGGUGGAUGGAUGUUCAAGCGGUCGUCAGAUGGACCAACCCGUCGUCAGUCAACGUCGGAAUGUGGUUGUGAGCGCACCCAAAACCACCGGUAUCUCCUCCUGACUAAAGUAGCUUCGAGUGCGAAGAAGAUAAUCUCACUAUAUGUGGUGUAUCUCUGUUGGGGUUUAAAACCGUUGAUGGCGUUGAUGAUUAUUACUGUGUACACAUCUCCAGAUGUACUCGAGGUGCGGAAAAUGGGAUGCCGCCAUCCGGUAGUUGUGUGAUUCAAUUUGUACCGCUGGCUGGUCUGGUGUUAGGCUAAACAGGAAAAAGAGAAAAAAAAUAUAUAUUAAAAUGUUUACGUGGAAAUGCGAAGGCUAACUGAAGUGGGAGCGAAGUGCGCUGUCUCGAUAUCGGCGAUUUUCCCACGCCUCGUGUUUUCUUCAAAGCGUGUUUUCGACAUCGACGCGGCCGGCGAGAGUUGUGAUUUCUGAGAAAAAGGGGAACAAUUUACUGGGCCGAUGUUGACGAAGAUGGACCGUGUCUGGCAGAAAAUGUGAUUGCACACCAUUCACGUCGUAGUAGGCAGAGCGAGUAGCCUGCUGAGGAUGCUGCUUUCAACGCUUGCUGUGUGAAAAUAGUGAAAGCCGAAGUGAUGAUAACGAUGAAAAUUUGCACCUGGUGAGAAAUUGUGCCGAGGAUAAUGGGAAAAAAUACGGGCGCUUAAAACAGUGCUCUGAAUGUUUACGAAGGAGUGAAAAAAUACGAAUAAAUUAAUUAAAAAGAGUGCAUAUUUUCCCAUCGCCAGAACAAACAGCGAGUUCGCGCUUUUCAUCACGUCGUUGGAUAAAAUUAUGAAGAACCAAACGACGAUAAUCGACUGUUGUUUCCAAAUGGGCAAACGGUUGAUCAAUGUUCCCGGCGUUUCGCAAAUAAUUACACAGGAACGGAAUACAUAAAAUGUCCGGGAAAUGUUAUUUUUACAAACCAAAACAUCAGUGCCAGUGUCAGAGGAAUAACACGAAAACACGUUCUACAACAUCAACAACUACGGCAUGCAACAGUGAAUGUGCACAGGAGGUAUAAAUAACGCAAUUAUCGUGUUGUGGUCCUCUCGGAACAAGUUCGCUGUGUUUGGGGGGGGUGGCCUACUGUGGUUCGGUCGUCACGACCGAAGCAAAGCCAAUCCGUCACGGCCAACCGUGAUCUCCAAAAUUGCGCCGAUAUUUUACGGCAAAACCGUGAAAUCCAGAAGUCAACCAACAGUAGAAUAUAAAAGAGAACCAUUCGCAUCAACAAACAAGCAACGUUCUGCCCUAGCCAAGGCCUACUACCGGAGGUCUGCUGCGGAGCCCGUAAAUAACCGCCGCCCGGCCCCGGGUCGGCCUCAGAGCCUACUACUACCACACUCUGGAGGCAGAGGACAAUAUGGUGCUUCAAGGGCAAACGAGCAACAGAGUCUAGUGGUUUACUUUGGUGUUUCGAGACCAGCACAGUGAGAAUAAUGCGUAGAGAAUGGCAAUUGUAUCAGUGAUACCGGUUAUCAACAUUACAAACUCGAGUGACAAUGGCGGUGCGAAUGGGACGAAUGGGUCGACUGUCGAUAUCGGAGGUGGUGGAACGGGAGAGGUUGACGACGGAGGUGGGUGCCCGAGGCAGGAUGAGAUUCUGUACCCGAGCAUAUUUGGAAUCGACCUAGCGGUGCCACAGUGGGAGGCCAUUGCAACCGCACUCGUACUGACGCUCAUUAUCAUCAUUACCAUAGUAGGCAACGUGCUAGUCAUAUUGAGUGUGUUCACAUACAAACCGUUGAGGAUUGUGCAGAACUUCUUCAUUGUGUCACUGGCAGUGGCGGAUCUGACGGUGGCCAUUCUGGUGCUCCCGUUCAAUGUGGCCUACUCGAUACUGGGCCGCUGGGAAUUUGGCAUCCACGUAUGCAAAAUGUGGCUUACGUCGGAUGUCCUGUGCUGUACAGCUUCGAUUCUAAAUCUGUGUGCAAUAGCAUUAGAUAGGUAUUGGGCCAUUACCGAUCCAAUUAAUUAUGCUCAGAAACGUACCUUGGAGCGAGUGCUGGCAUUGAUUGCCGGUGUGUGGAUACUAUCGCUGGUGAUCAGUUCUCCACCGUUGAUCGGCUGGAACGAUUGGCCGGAGCCGGAGAAAUUCUCCAGCGAGUUCCCGUGUCAAUUAACAAGCAAUCAAGGUUAUGUCAUCUACUCGUCGCUAGGAUCAUUCUACAUCCCAUUGAUCAUCAUGACUAUUGUGUACAUCGAAAUCUACAUAGCCACCCGGAGGCGUCUCCGGGAGAGGGCCCAAGCGUCCAAAAUCAACACGUUAGCUAGUAGGUGUAUCGGACAGAGUGAAAAAGACACUUGUAUGAACCAACCGGACCAGGAAUCAAUUAGCAGUGAAGCCAACCACAACGAACAUCCGCACAAUAGCACCAGUAGCAGUAGCAAUGAACACCGCUCCCAAAGGAAGCGGAAGAAGAAAGCCAAAGAGAAAAAGGAAGCGAAGGAGGCGGCGAAGCGUGCUAAGCAAAAUCAGCUCCGGAUAGCCCUCCGGGAUGAAGAUUCCGUUACGGAGUGUCCGGAAAACUCGUCCAUCAGCGCGAAAGCAAACUGUGAUAUUAAGUCGGCCACCGGUCCGAACGGAAUGGCUACAACCGGUGACGGAGAAGCCGUCGCGUCCGCCAACGGCGACAAAACUGCGCUGCAGCAGCAAAAAGCUAGUUCUUCGGCGGAAACACGAGUCCGAACGAAACAAUCGUUCCGAAGGCCCGGCGGCAUUAAUCAGUUUAUCGAAGAGAAGCAGAAGAUUUCGCUCUCCAAGGAACGGAGGGCGGCCCGGACGCUCGGCAUCAUCAUGGGGGUGUUUGUGGUCUGCUGGCUGCCCUUCUUCCUCAUGUACGUCAUCCUGCCCUUCUGUCCGAGCUGUUGUCCGACGAACAAAUUAAUCAACUUCAUCACUUGGCUGGGAUACAUCAACUCGGCUUUAAAUCCUAUUAUUUACACGAUAUUCAAUUUGGAUUACAGGCGAGCGUUCAAACGAUUGCUCGGAAUCAAACAGUAGGCCGGUUUGGUUUCCAUCCGUGUUCUUCUUCGGUACUGGAGCACGAGCAGGAGGCCGGGGACUGACUUUGGGUAGAUAGGUACUGAAUAUAAAAUGAUUGCUUUGGAGAUGAAUCGAUUGCUUGACUAGAUUUGCCUAAUAGAUCCUUGAAAUGUUAUCCCCGCCAUCUGAUGAAGGAACUCAUCGGAAAACAGCCGGACUCAUCUGACGAGACAUAAUAUCACAGCAGCCAACUUUCAAACAUUUCCAACAAUUUCUUUCCGAGCCCAAAAGAGAAUGUUGGAAUAUCUUCAAAGGGACAACGAGAGAGAAAGUAAAAGAUGAAAAUAUCGCCCCUCACCGAUGUAAAUAUGCAUUCACAAGUCUCGCAACUGAAGCACCCAGCCAAUCAAAAAAAAAAAGUUGAAACAAAAAGCAAAAGACUUGAACCCAUAACUUUUCACUCAUCGUCAUUCGUCAGAGUUGCACUCGAGCGAAGUGCGCGCUCAAGUUUUCAGCAAAAGGGAAAAUCAGUCGCUGAUCGCAAAUUGAAUCACAUUCUGUUUUUGAAUUGUACCUGUUGCUGAUAAGUAGAGUCGAGAUGUAUAAUGAAAUUUAAAAAAAAAAUCGAAUAUCGUUUUUUAAGCUCCACGAAAUGUGAGCAAACGUGCAGAACUUUGUUAAACAAAGCAAGAUUGUAUAAAGCAAAUCAAUUUGUAUA